AUUUGACUUUAUUUUCUCUUUUUUUAUCUUUUCCUAACACCAUAUAUAUCUUCAGCACCUUUUUAUAUAUUGAUAUAUUCGUAUAUAGAAUACUAUGUUGGCUUUGCCUUUAAAACACAGUCAUCCUAUACAAACAUCAGGAGAUAAUAUAGUUGGUAUAUGGAGGCCAUCAUUCGUUAAAGUAGAUCAACAACUAUAUGCAUUUGGUGGUGGUGGUGGUAAUGUUACUGAUGAUUUACAUUGCCUUGAUUUAAUAACUAUGCGUUGGAAAAGUAUUCAGAAUGUAAUAGGUACACCACCUUCUUCAAGAUAUGGACAUACUAUGACUAGAUGGAAAAAUACUAUGAUUGUAUUUGGUGGCUGUAAUGAAAACCAAGACUAUUGUGGAGAUGUCUAUAUUUUUGAUAUCAAGACAUCAGCAUGGUAUCAGCCUACAAUUAAGAAUAGUAUUACAGCACGUUAUUUACAUAGUGCCAUAGUCUAUAAAGAUAAAUUAAUUAUAUAUGGUGGAUUUGCUAGAAGCUCAGAAUGCACUUAUGUAUUAGAUGACAUUUGUAUACUUGAUUUAAAUGAAAUGAUUUGGACAAAAUACAAUCAUAUGCCGCCUAGAUAUAAUCAUUCAGCUACACUUAUUGGACAUAAAAUGUAUAUAUUUGCAGGGAAAGACGAGCAAGGUAGCACUGUGUCUGAUCUGUUUAUGGUCAAUCUUUCGAAACUACCUUUUACGCCUCAUUUAGUUCUUAGCAGUAAUAGUAAUCAAGGUAUGGUGCUUUUAAAGAGUCAACAUUUUUGUGAUACAAUAUGUGGAAAGCUAUUUGUAUUUGGAAGAUUUGUAAAUGGUCAACAUGAUAGUGAGUCUAUUCAUAGUCUUUGGUCUUUAGAUUUAGAUGCUUUAGAAUGGGAAAAACAGGAUUGUGAUCGACAUUUUGAAGUAGGGAAUUGGAAUUAUUUUGGAAUAUUUAAUAAAGAAGAAGAAUCUGAAGUAAAUAGUCAUCAUUUAUUAUUUCUUGGUAAUAUGGAUCCUUAUAGAGCUUAUGGAUAUGAUCAUUUUAGGCAAGUAGAAAGAAAGAGAACGAAUGCUUUUAUUAUUCAUAGUGAAUCCUUAGGUUUUUAUGAUAUACCUGACUCAAAAUUAUCAGUAGAAUUUAUGCAAUUAUUGAAUACACCUGAAUUAUCUGAUUUUUCUAUUUUUGCUGCUAAUGGAGAAAAGAUACAUGUUCAUCAAGUCAUCUUAUUAACUCGUUGGCCGCACUUUAAGAAUAUUCAUAAGUCUGGUAUGCUAGAAGCUAUUGAACAAAAGAUGACCAUUCCUGAACCUGUUGAAGUAGUGAUGGCCUUUUUAAAAUUUUUAUAUAGUGAUCGAUUAGACGAAUCUGAAACUUGUGAGAUUAUUUGUGAAUUGCUUGUGUUAGCCAACUUGUAUUGUUUACAAAAAUUAAAAAAGUUAUGUUGUGAAAGACUUUAUAGAUGCUAUUUAACUAUUGAAAAUUGUGGUUUGAUUUUUGAAAAAGCAAUCUUGGCUGAAGAAAUAGGAUUAAAAAUGCUUGUUCUCAACUUUAUGUUUCAAAAUUAUGGCUUUAUAUUAAAAUCAAACAUGUUGAUGGAUUUGCCAGCUUCCAUUAGAAAAGAAUUUUUAGAUGCGGUACCUAAUGAAGCAGUAUUAGAAAUAGGCAAAACAAGAUUCAUGACACCUUCUCUUCAAUGUAUUGUUACCUAUAAUCAAGAUGGUACUGGUUAUCAUCAAAAUAAUAUCGAUCCUCAACAACGUAGUACACAAAUAGCUACUAUUAUUAAUAAUAAUGAAUUUAUACCACUUAAUACGACAAUAGCAUUACCCUCUACUAAUUCUGACAUGACCGUUAAUUGA